AUGGGGAUCUUGUUGCGGGUCAGGAUGUUACGCUUAGUCACCUGUUUUUUGAGAGCGGAGGAGCAGCCCGCCAACGCAUUCACCAAGGCUUUGCGACGAACAGCUUGGUUUGGGACAUUGACGAAGGCGCCCUUCGUCCGUUCAGCGAUGCGUGCGCUGUGCCGUGAGGAGGAGGGGAAGAAGCGCGUACGCGCUUUGUCUGCCGUGCGGCGUCAGAGACACCUGCCCGGCCACUGCAUGGUUUCAGCGGCGGCGUUGUCAAGAAUCAAUGCGGGUGACGAAGUCAAAGCUGAAAACAGAGGAGGCGUGAGGAGGAGACGAGGCCGCAUUUUCCCUAAAGCCACGAGAUUUAAGCGCGAUGAACUACUGAAUAUGUGGAUAGCAGAAGGGCUUGUCAAUGCAAACGCAGAUGAAGAUUUAGAAGAUAAAGAAGACAACGGAAUGUUCCAUAUGCAUGACUUGAUCCAUGAAUUAGCUGGGAGGGCAAGUGGCAGCGACUGCUUUAGGUUUGAGGAGGGUGAUCCAAAAAGAAAAACACCACCUGGCAACACCCGGUAUCUGUAUGUAGAUCUAUAUGAUCCAAUGGAGGUCCUUGAGGGAAUUGGAAAGUUAGCCUUGCUUCGGACAUUGGGUCACUUUAAUGUGAAGAAGGAGAAAGGGUAUGAGUUGCAACAGUUAGGGAGCUUGAAUCAUCUUCAUGCUAGCUUGGAAAUUAGUGGACUAGAAAAUGUUAAAAGCAAGGCAGCAGCAUUACAAGCUAAAUUGGUUGACAAGAAGUAUCUUACAGAAGUGUCGCUUGUAUGGACUGAGCAUCACAGUUGUCCCCUGGGUCUCCAAGCAGAGCUGUCAGAGGACCAACAAAGGCUAAGGAACUUGCAGCGCCUUAAGCUUGAGCUUUGUCUUAAACUGGAAGCGCUUCCAGAAAUCAGAGAACUUGUCCAUCUUCAUGAGCUUAUACUCAGAAGUCUUCCCAAACUAAAGAGUCUGCCGAUACUUCCUCAAAAUCUGAAAACCCUACAAAUAUCUGAUUGCGAGGCCUUGUUGUUGACAUGUGCUGAAGAUGUGGAGUUCUUGAAGCUAAUGUUUGAUCAAACCCGUCAGACUGUUCCAUCGCUGAACAUUACUGAUUCUGGAGAAAUGUAUAGGAUUGCUGAUGAGGAACCUAUAACGUUUCGGGAGCUCAUGCGUAAUAUUUCUGAUAGUUUUGGUGGGCGUAGGCACCAAUAUGUUCAUCCAGGUAUGGUUUCAAGAGCAGUCCCUUUCAUAUGCGGGCAGACAAAUGACGAUGAUUAUUGCAAGGUAUUACUGCCUUUCUCACUUGAGGAUUUAAGCAUAUCGGGCUGUAUUGUCACCGAUACUGUUGUUAAUAAUUGGAUUAAAGGCUCUUCAGGCUUAGUCAGAUUAGAGCUUGGUUGCAUUCCUUUUUUUACAAAAAUUUCAUGUGAUGCAAUCAGUGUUCUAUCUAAGCUCAGGAUGCUCAGUAUUGGUAAUUGUUUCCAUUUCACUAGUAUAGAAGGCAUAAGUGAGUUUACACGGGAAACUCUUGAUUUUACAAUUGUUGGAUGUCCUAAUAUCAGUUCCCUUGGAGAUGAUGAGAAGAUUCGAGUUGUCGGUUCCAUAUGUAUUGAUGGCCUGUCAGUUGUGAAGAAGCUUUUCUCAAGGGAGGCUUGUGCCCGUCAUUAUUUUCUUCAGAUAUUGUGUUCUGAAAAACUGGGAGAUGAGGAAGUGUUGUUGCAGUUCGAUUCUCUCUUGACUCUUUGGUUUGAGGACUGCAGCAUUGACAUGUUACCCAGCAAUUUAGAGUGCCUCACAUCCAUGUGCUGCCUGGUUUUGAAUGGAUGCAAAAAUAUACAAUCUCUCCCAACUCUACCUGCAAAGUUACAAUAUUUUGUUGCCUGUGAUUGCCAUGAGAGGUUUGUGGAGACCUGUAAAAAGAAAGAUCAUCCAAAUUGGCGAAACAUUGAGCAUGUCCCUGAUGUCAUUCUGAGGACGGAUGCAUUACCACUGAACACUAUCACCAGUUUGGUAUUGCAAGAUCUGUGA